GGCGGAGCGUCACGAGGGGGAGGACGACAUGAGGGGCACCAGAGUACCCUACGCUUCCUCCUACUGCAGGAAGGCCUUAUAGCACGCUGCUCGCACGCCACCGCCGCCCCUACAUUCUAGUCACUAUUUUUAAGUGAGAAAAUGCCAGUUCCGGUGUCCCCAGGUAAGCAAGAAUCUAGUCGCGAUGUUGACGGGGCGGCGGCAGGUGAAGAGGCCCACCACCCGCUUCCUCCUGGUGCUAACCCCACGCGAUACACGCAGCACGGGGAAGGCACGGCGGACCCCGACGUGGUAGCGGGUUACGAGGACUGCCUGGAGGAAACCUUGAGGUUCCUGGUGGAGGAAGAACAGCUACCAGGGGACCAUCCUGUGGUGCGGGGAUUGGUUACUCACCUCACUCGUCAACACGCCCACACUGAACUGGCCAAGCUCUCUCAGCAGGUGGCGGCCGUCCCCUCCCCCGUAACUCCGCAAAAUGCUGGUUUCCAGGUUACCCUGGUGCAAGAUGAAGACGACGAGGAGGCCUCAGAUGAGGACAUGGAGGACGACGAUCAGCUAGUGGACGUGGACGACCUGGAAGAGGAGGACGAGUCAGAAAGAGAAGUUAGUGAAGCCUUCAGACGGCAACUACUGCGGCUGGUGUAUCAAGGAUGUGACCUGUUUGCCACCCCACAGGCAGGUCAGCCUUGGUGGACCACCUGUGACCCGAGUCAGACACGUACCUACACUGCCAUACAGAACACGGGCAUUGCUUCUCUACAGGAGGGAAAAUGUGACGUGACAAUCUGAGGAAUGUAUUAUGCAUCUCACGCAGCUGGAAUGCGCCUCACCUUCCUUACUCAUCACGUCUACUAGCUCUUCACUCACUGUCAUUUCAUGAAGUGUUAUUAUACUUAAGGUAUUCAUUUACUCAU